AUGUCAUACAACUCUUCCUUCAUCAGCCCAAGGCCUGGAGAGGAUCCCCAAGGUGGCAGUUUCUUGGAGGAAAGCAGUGGUGAGAGUGAUGACAGUAGUGUCCUGGGAGGGGACAGCCCGGUCACAGGGCCGCUGGGCACAGUGCUGCUGGUCAUGUGCCUCACUGGGAUGGUAGGGAACAUCUACACGGUGGUGGUGGCCUCUGGCAGGGUGUCAGGCUACUCAGUGGGCUCCUUGGGGGUCUAUGUGAUCAACCUUGCCCUGGCUGACCUCCUGUACCUCUCCACCAUCCCCUUUGUGGUUUGCACCUACUUUGCUCGUGACUGGUUCUUUGGGGAUGUGGGGUGCAGGGUUUUACUCAGCCUGGACCUCCUCACCAUGCAUGCCAGCAUCUUCCUCCUGACCGCCAUGAGCCUGGAGAGGAUGAGCCUGGAGAGGUACUGGGCAGUGGCCAGGCCACUGCGGGCCAGACGGGCUGGCAGUGCUUGUCGCAAACUGGUCAGUGCCAUCGUCUGGCUCCUCUCGUUCCUGCUCACGGCCCCCAUGAUGGUGCUGACCCAGCUGCGGGAGGGGGACGGCCCCUACAAACGCAUCUGCGUCCCCACCUGGACACCAGCAGCUUUCCGGCUCUACCUGACAGUGCUCUUCACCACCAGCAUCCUGGUACCUGGUGUGGUGCUGGGCAUCACCUACAGCCGCCUGGCCUGGGCGUACCGGUCCUCAGCCUGCCGCCUGGGGCUGAUGGUGCCUGGCCGGGCACCUUCUCGGCGGCUCUUCUCAGCUAUCGUGGUGACCUACUGGGCUUGCUUUCUCCCCUUCUGGGCUUGGCAGCUGGCUGGGCUGUACCAGGGUGAGGGGCUGGGCAUUGGCCCCACUGCCCAAGCCUACCUCAACUUUGGUGUCACCUGCCUGGCCUAUGGCAACAGCUGUGUCAACCCUUUCCUCUACACCCUGCUUGCCAGCAACUACCGCCGACGCCCUGGCUGCAGUGCCAUGGGCAUGGCACGGCUUACACCACCCUCUCAGCAGGCUGUGGGAAGCCACAGCAUCCCCCUGGCUGUCAGGGAGCUGUCGGGGUCUGCGGAGGAGAGCAAGGGGUGA